AUGUCAGUAGUACCGUAUUUUGUUGCUGCUGCGGGUUCCAGCACAUUGCGUAUUGUUGAAAUGUUUUUUUCAAUUCCUAAAGAUGCAGAACGUUACUUAAAUCAUGAAAUCAAUUUCAAAGAAGCUACAGAUGGUAUUGUUAAAAAUAUACAUAUUUAUGUGCCAUUAACAACUGCUAAACUCAUAUGUGAUACUAUCGUUCUAAGCACGAUAAGUAAAUGGAUUUAUGAUGUACUUAUUCACGUAAGAUAUAUAUUUAAAGGUCUUAUUAAUUAUGGACUUGAAGCUUUUAAAAAUGCUGUAAAAUUAUCAUUAAAUCAUAUUUUUACAGCACUUAAAAAUUGUUCAAUUAGUCUUAUUGCAAGUCAAUUUAAAUAUAUGUAUAAUAAACGUGAAAAAGUUUUAUUAUCUAUAUCUAUAAUUGAUUUUUGUACUAUGUGUAAUCAUAUCUAUCUUCUCAUUAUUAGUCAAAGCAAUGGUUUUAAAAAAAAUAUACAAUUAGAACUUAUGAAAUAUUGGUUAGAAUGUAUGGGUAUUAUACGUGCAGUAGCUGAAUCUAAUAAUAUUAAUUUUGUUAAAUAUAUGAAUAAAUGUUAUUCAGAUGAAAUUUAUAUAAAUAAUAUAUCUUCAUUGAAUAAUGAACCUUCUUUGGAAUGGAAACGUGUAAAAGAUCCGGAGUUUAUUCGAAUUAUUACAGUUUCAUUAGAAGAUAUAUUUCAUGGAAAAGUAUGUGAUGUAAUUGUUCAACGAAAAAUUCGUGAUAUUAAUAAACAAAUACCAGAAAUUGAAGAAGCAACAUAUCAAGUUAUUAUUGAACCUGGUUAUGUUGAUGGAAAAACAUUUCGUUUUAUCGAAGCAGGUCAUAAAGAUCCAGUAAAUAUACCAGCAGAUUUAGUUGUAACAAUUCGAACAGAACCACAUAGACUAUAUGAACGAUCAGGUUCUAAUCUUAUUUAUAUAGCAAAAAUUUCUUUACAACAGGCAUUAGAUGGUUUACCAGUUCAAAUACCAUUGAUUGAUGGAAGAACAGAAGAGUUUUAUCCAAAUGAUAUUAUUAAUCCACAUACACAAUUUAUUAUUGAUCAAGCUGGUCUUCCGGAUCCAACAAAUAAUGGAAUUCGUGGUCGACUUAUUGUUAAAUUUGAUAUUGACUUUCCCGAUUACAAGUUAGGAAGAGAACCUGUCGAAUGA